GGCGAGUUGUUCCCUUGCCAGCUUCAUUCCCGAGACAACGUUCUAAGGCGUUGUACGUGUACCGCGUGCUUGCGUCGUUCUAAAUCUGCCAAGCCAAGUGUCCUGUCCUUUUUGAAGAUCAGCGUCGCGACGCUCCUCCACUCGCAGUGUCAAGUGUUUUGUAACGGGUUUUUGUGUGUGUGUGUGUUUUUUUUUUGCGCGCGCUCCCCGCCGACUUUGUUAAACAAAAAGUGUUGUUUAAACAUAAAGUCAGCACAGCAAUGAAGGUCAAGUUCAAUGCCGGGUUGGUGGUGCUGCUGGCCAGUACCUGUUUUGCCGCUAAAUUCCCUGCCGGUUACACGCUCUGCAAACAGGGUGACGACAAAUGCUUGCUGGAACAAAUUGGCGCCACCUUCGCCAAACACAGCCAGGGAAUCCCGGAGAUGAACCUGGUGGGCCUGGACCCGCUGAAGAUCGAGAAAAUGGACAUUGUCCAGGGUGGCGAUGGGCCGAUCAACAUCGUGCUCAACUUCAAGAACGUCGACCUGACCGGACUGUCCCAGAGCACCGUCAAAAAGGCCAAUGGCUUCACGGCGAAUCCUACCAAAAUGGAAAUGGCCGUACUCGUCCCGGUGGCAUCGCUGGUCGGAGGUUACAAAAUCAACGGCAAGGUUCUGAUUCUGCCCAUCCAGGGCGAGGGCAAGAGCAACAUGACGAUGGAAAACUGCCACAUUCAGCUCAAGUGGACCGGAAAGCUGGUGGAAAAGGCGGGCAAACAGUUUUACCAGCUGGACAAGCUGAAGGCCACGUUCGACACCACCCGGUUCCAUAUGCAUUUUUCGAACCUCUUCAACGGAGACAAAGCCCUGGGCGAUAACAUGAACCAGUUCCUGAACGACAACUGGCAGGACAUCCUGAAGGAGCUGAAACCGUCGAUUGUGACGGCCUUUGCCCAGAUCUUCCAGAGGGUAGUGACGAACGUGUUUGACAAGGUUCCGUACGCGGAGUUGUAUCAGUAAGGAGCAUCACCC